UUCUUCCCUAUUUAUUUGUUGUACAAUAAUGAGUAAACGGUAAGCAUGCGCACGGAAAUAAAAAGGAGAAAAAUAGUCGGGCACGGUGUACACGAUAAUUCACACUCCAAGACGCGCCAAAACAUGUUUGAAACAUCAAUAACUUGAACAGGACUGUCAGGAGUGUGAUUUCUAGACAACAUGGCAACUGGUGAUCUGACAAACAAUAUCAGAAAACUUCAGAAAGAACUGAAGAUUAUGAAGUACCAGGAAAGUUUGGAUUUGAAUGGACUUGCACAGGGUAAGGCCUCAGCCCUUCUUCCCAUCUACCACUAUGCGUUUACCACAUACAGCUGUUCCAUAGCGGAACUGAUUGCCAGCACAGACACUGAGUUGUAUACCAAGACAGAUCUACGAUUCAUGGAGGGAUGCUACAAGAUUUUGAGGGACUUGUUUCAUUAUAAACCUCCUGUGACAAAGGAACAGUUUUUCAACAAUGGUUUCGUUGAAAGAAAAAUUAUUAUGUGCACAGAAGUGAUGAAACUGAUUCAACAAAAGAACAAGUCUUUACAGCCCCAGAAAAAGGCCCCCACAACAACGACUAGUAACCUUGGACAGGUAGUCUCCAUGAAACCCAGCAGGACCAAAGUGACUGACCUGACCCAAGUAAGACCUAACAGCUCUAGGAGAUCCAGGUCAUCCUUAGAUACCAUUAGUUCACAGAGGGAAGGACUAUCAGACCCCAAGAAUGUAGGUGUAUCACCUCGCUCACUAACAGAUGUUGAUCACCAUCAGCAGGUUGUCAAUGAACUGCUUUUUAACCAGCUGGUUUUUCCAAGGCAUAAGCUCACCAUGUGCAAAGAAGUGAUGAAACUGAUUCCAACAAAAGAUGCUGACACAUCUUCUUCAUCAGAAUCUUCAGAAAAAGGCCCCCACACAACGAGUAAUUUUGUGCUGCCAUCUGCUGGUAGAAAUGUUAGAGGAUUUAAUUGGGCAGUUGUUACCCCUAGCAUUGCAAAAACCAGAUCGUCCAUUCCAUUUUCAGACGUAUGUUUUAUUUUACAAAAACUGUUUAUAGAUGAGGAAGAGGAAGAAGAAGAGGAGGAGGAAGGCAUAGAGACAGUGAUGGCUGCCACACCAGCACACUCCAUCAUGGAGCCUCAUAAUGGAGAAACGAUCGAAAUCACAGAGAGAAAUCACAACAGCAAUCCACAGCAGCCUCAAGCUGGCCAGGCCAGCCAGCAAACGUUAAAUGAAACUCAUAUACUCAAGGCUAUAGAACAGCUGACUAAAUGUUUUGGAACUUUGGAGUCAGGAUUAACCAGGUCUAUUGAAUCUCUGAAUGCACGCAUGAUUCUUGUGGAAAACAGGGUUUCUAUGAUGGAAAGCAAGAUUGAGGCAGUCGUAGCUGGUUCUCAAAGAAAAGAGGAGCAAACACUACCACAGCCUACAAAUCACAAUGGAGUACCUCAGAGAUCUGCUGUAUCUGGUGGUGUUACUAAUCUUCAGGGUCAAGGACAGCAGAACUACAAUAUGGCAGAAACUACCAGACAUCCUAGCAGUUCUACUAUAAAGAGCAAAGCAGAUAAUCCAAUAACAGUGUCAGGACAGGAAAGAAACAGUACAGAGCCUCAGCAGAUAACCACAAAUCAGACAACAGAGAAAUCCCCCAAGUACAAAGCUCCUCCGUAUCAGUCCGCCCUGUAUGACGAUUCCACUCUGGUCAUGUUUUCCCCGAUUCGUCAUGUGGCAGGUACCCCUCAUCAACAUAGGACUCCGGAGACCACAUUCUGUUCCACUAAUAACGACACAUCCGACCCACGGCGAUCCAGUACCCCAGAACACAACACAGUGGAGAUGGACACACAGAUUGUGCUAGGGGAAUCCAUGAACCUCCCCACUGGGGAUACAGAUACCCAGAGUCAAGUGAACAGAAUUAAAAAUCUAUUUAAAUCAACAGAAGUUAUGCUGAAAAACUGAAAGAAUGAGGACGAAAAAUGACAAUCUGUGCAGACUAAGAUUAGAGAGAAGAGUAUUAGAUGAAUAAUUUAAAUGUAUUGGUAGUACAGUGUAAUGUACUUGAUUGAUGAUUGCGAGCAUUAACAACUACCUCAUGUGUCAUAUUAACCAAGUGCUAAUUAUAAAUUAUGUCAUAUUUAGAA